UCUGUCGGAAGGUAAAAGGUCAGCCGGCAAUGAUGGCGACGUUCAGAGGCAGGGUUGUUUUGCGGCGCGCAGUCUUUGCGUUGAAGCAUGCAGCAUUCUGGUCCAGGUGCAGCUUUGCAGUCUCUCGAGCAUUAUAUUCUACAACAGUCCACGAUCCAAAUGAAUCUACAUUUGACAAGAUCCUUAUUGCGAACAGAGGAGAGAUUGCAUGCCGGAUCAUUAAGACUUGCAAAAAGAUGGGGAUAAAGACUGUUGCAAUUCACAGUGAUGUGGACGCCAAUGCUCGUGGCUUCCAAAAUAUGGUUGGUUUGCAGGAAGGCUGGCUGCAUUUUUCAAAGGUUCAUGUUAAGAUGGCAGAUGAGGCUUCCUGUGUUGGACCAGCCCCCACCAACAAAAGCUACCUCAACCUGGAUGCCGUCAUGGAAGCCAUUCAAAAGACCGGUGCCCAAGCUGUCCACCCAGGAUAUGGGUUUCUUUCAGAAAACAAAGACUUUGCUAGACGUCUGGCUGCUGAAGGCGUCACAUUCAUUGGACCUGACAUGCAUGCUAUCCAAGCCAUGGGUGACAAGAUAGAAAGCAAGUUAAUAGCCAAGAAUGCAAAAGUCAACACCAUCCCUGGUUAUGAUGGAGUGGUCAAGAAUGCUGAUGAAGCUGUCAGAAUUGCCAGGGAAAUUGGCUAUCCCGUCAUGAUCAAGGCUUCAGCAGGAGGUGGUGGGAAAGGAAUGAGAAUAGCCUGGAAUGAUGAUGAGACCAGGGAAGGAUUUAGAUUUUCAUCACAGGAAGCUGCCUCAAGUUUUGGAGAUGAUCGCCUCUUGAUUGAAAAGUUCAUUGAUAAUCCUCGGCACAUUGAGAUACAGGUUCUCGGAGACAAACAUGGUAACACAUUGUGGCUGAAUGAGAGAGAGUGUUCCAUUCAGAGAAGGAAUCAGAAAGUUGUAGAAGAGGCACCAAGUACUUUUCUAGAUCCAGACACUCGAAGAGCCAUGGGAGAGCAAGCAGUGGCGUUGGCAAAAGCUGUCAAUUAUUCCUCUGCUGGCACUGUUGAAUUCCUCGUGGACUCUCGGAAGAACUUUUAUUUCCUAGAGAUGAAUACUCGACUUCAGGUUGAGCAUCCUGUCACUGAAUGCAUUACUGGCCUGGACCUGGUCCAAGAAAUGAUCCGUGUUGCCAAGGGUUACCCACUUUGCCACAAGCAAGCUGAUAUUCCCAUCAAUGGCUGGGCAAUUGAAUGCAGAGUGUAUGCAGAGGAUCCCUACAAAUCCUUCGGACUGCCUUCAGUUGGGCGCCUCUCUCAGUAUGAAGAGCCAUUACACGUGCCCUGGGUUCGCGUUGACAGUGGCAUUCAGGAAGGAAGCGACAUUAGUAUUUAUUAUGAUCCUAUGAUUUCAAAAUUGGUGACCUAUGGAGACAGCCGUGCAGAAGCUUUGCAGAGAAUGGGAGAGGCACUGGACAGUUACGUCAUUCGAGGAGUGACUCACAAUGUUCCCCUGCUCCGGGAGGUUAUAGUUCACCCACGCUUUGUGAAAGGAGACAUCACUACAAAUUUCCUUCCAGAAGUCUACCCCGAUGGUUUCAAAGGACAUAAGUUGUUGGAUUCUGAGCACAAGGAGCUGCUGGCUACAGCUGCGUCAAUUUACGUAGCUUCUCAGCUGAAGGCUCAGCAAUUCCUCCGAAGUUCUACAAGGGCUCCCGCUGUUAAACGAGGAGAAAGGAGCUGGGAUCUGUCAGUACAGCUGGAUGAUGGGACGCAUUCUGUUACAGUCUCACAAGCAGGUUCAUCAUACUCUGUGGAGGUUGAUGGAAAGACAUUAAGUGUGACCAGUGAAUGGAACCUAGCGUCACCCUUGUUGCCUGUCGCCAUUGACGGAACCCCAAGGACCAUUCAGUGCCUCUACCGAGAUGCAGCCGGAAAUAUGAAGAUUCAAUACCUUGGGACAGUGUACAAAAUCCAAGUGUUGACCCAGCUGGCAGCGGAGCUGAAUAAAUACAUGCCAGAGAAGGUGCUAGAGGACACUGGCAACACCAUAAUAUCACCCAUGCCUGGAACAAUUGUCAGUAUAAACGUGGCAGUUGGAGAUGAGGUUUCGGACGGUCAGGAGGUGUGUGUCAUUGAAGCAAUGAAAAUGCAGAACAGUUUGAUGGCUACUAAAUCUGGAAAGGUUAAAGAAAUAAACUGCAAGCCAGGAGACACUGUUGGAGAAGGAGAUGUCCUCAUAGAGUUUGUGUGAUGUGCGGUUUUCAGAUGAGUGUUGUAGAUUCACCGUGCAUCAUGUUCUCCAGCCUAUAACUCCAACAGACAUUCCUGCGUGGAUUUUUAUGAUGCCCAUGAUAUUUAUUACCUUUUGCAGAAUAGGGAAAAACAAGUAUUUUUGUGACAUUCAGAAUGCAAACAUUUUUUUUUCCAGAUACCUCUUCUUUGGAACUGACCAGUGAUCAGGUUGUCCAUGGAACGUAGGCAUAAAGUGCGGCAUGUUUUCUUGUGUGCAACCAGUGCAGUCAAUCGAAUCUAUUACUGGCCGAGUCUGACAGCUCUUAAUCUACCUAAAUCAAAUCUGUUUAAGCAUACACAGGCAUUGAAAUCAGGAGAAAUCACAACAACCCGAUUUAACAAGAUCAUAGCUUCGCUGAUUUCAAUCCCUUGAUAAUUAAGAAUCCAUCUACCUCUGCCUUAAGUGUUCUGUUGCAUUCUCCUCUAAAAGCCUAUCUACUGCCAAUCUCUUUUUAAGAUUUCGACACCAACCCACCUUGACAAAAUCCCUCAGCAGCUGCAGGGAUAAUGCAACAGAUGAAGUUAAAGAUGUUUUCUUGCCAGUUUUUGAUUACCUCAACCCUCAAAAAUAAAGGUACCUGCCAUGCCAGCACUCCAAGUCUGCACUGGGAUCGGAGAAUAGUCUGAGUGACAAAAGACUGAUUCCACAGCACUGGAAACAGUCAGUCUGUUUCCAUGACACUAAUGUGGCUAACUACUCCACGGUCUUCAAACAUCCACCGCCAAAUAAAUGUGUAUUUAACUAAUGAUAACACAUUUACCUUGAAUAAUGUUUUCCUGUCAAAAUUAUACUGUUAACAAAAUGACUUUAAAAACACACCACAGAUCAGAUAUGGAAUAACAUUUAAUAAACUUGAGACACAAGA